AUGGGUCGUGUUAGGACGAAAACUGUUAAAAAAGCAGCUAGAAAUAUCAUUGAAAAAUAUUACACACGUUUAACAUUGGAUUUUCACACAAAUAAAAGAAUAUGCGAAGAAAUUGCCGUCAUUCCUACAAAACCAUUGAGGAAUAAAAUUGCUGGAUUCGUGACGCAUUUAAUGAAAAGGCUACGUCACAGUCAAGUUAGAGGUAUUUCAAUAAAACUUCAAGAAGAAGAACGUGAAAGACGUGAUAAUUACGUACCGGAAGUAUCUGCACUUGAACAUGAUAUUAUUGAAGUAGAUCCAGAAACUAAAGAUAUGUUAAAGAUGUUGGAAUUCAGCAACAUCAGCGGUUUGCAACUCACACAACCAGCUGCUCAAACUUUUGGACGAAGACCUUAA